GGUUCCGCGGGUGCUGAGGCUCACGCUAGUGAACUAAAAUUAUUUCGAUUUCAAAUUAGUUUCGUGUAACAUCAGUCUACAAAAUGUCGAACAGCAGGCACCAGCGUUUUCGGAGCUUUUUAACUGAGCGGUUUACUACCGUCGCUGUCGAGAUUUUUGAAGAGGUUGAAACUAUUGUGGAGGCUUAUUACGAGGAAAACAAGCGUCUGCGGAACAUACUUCACGUGGUGCUCAACCCGGAGAUAAAGUUACCGAGGAUAGAUGUCAGUCAGUACACCGGAGCACCCACAGAUGGCAGCGAGCAGCCCCCUGAGCUGAACACCCGAGUGGUACAGCAAAUAUCUGAGCCAUUGCCCAAAAAAAAACCUAAAGAAGAGCAAAUUGAAUAUGACAUAAAUUGGGGAUCAGAACAACAACAAGGGCUGGAGGAAGCUCAUAACUCUGUUACUACAGAUUGUGUGAAAAGGGACCCAGAAGAAGACGACUCCAACACGCCCUGCAUCGCUGACUCAUACCACAUUGAAGUGGUGGACUGGAAGCAAGACUCUUCAGGAACGGUCUCGUUGGAUGAGACAGAUAAUGAAGACAAGGACUGGUCCUACUCGAACUCAGAAGCUGUCUCAGAUUCCUCGCAGCUAUUCAGCAGCACAGAAAGCACAAGUGGAAGCCCUGAAUCUCAAGAAGAUAGAACAUCAACAAAAAAGAAGACGUCAAAGUGCUCUCUGCAGAGAACCAUGGUAGAAUUGCCAAGGAUGAAAUCUUUUGUUGCUGCCCCAGCUGACUGCCAGUCCUUUGUGGCAAGGAUCACUGAAAUCUUCAAGGAUGAUGUGGAGAAUCCUCUGAUAACCAAUAUGGACCUCACAGCAGAUGAGAACUUCGUGGAGUGUGCUUUUGGUAGAGUCCCUAAAGGUUGUCCCCUGUCAUACCAGUGCCCUUUGCCAUCAAGUCAGGAUUAUAAACCACAUAUCAAUGCUCCUCCUCGACCGCAGCUUCCCCUGCCUCAUCACACACUCAAGGCAACAUCAGAUUUUCCUCCCCUUAGUGCCAAGGCGCAGGAGCAUGUGCAGGUCAUGCAGAUCACCUGGAAGGAAGCAAACUGUCUGGAGUACUCCACACGUGGACAGGAGGAGUUAGUACAGGACCUGCAGAAGCUACGUUUGACCAGCCGUUUCAGGGAGAUCUGCAAACUUAAACCAGGACGGAGCCAUGUGGAACACCUGCUAUUCAAGAUACAGAAAGGACUCCCCAAGAGCAAGUCGGCACAGAUAGACAAGGAAACAAAGACUGAAGCACUUCGGGUAUACUGUAAGAAUUUGUGUGUCAACUGGUACCCCUGCGGUUUCAUUGUCCACCCGAAUGUUCCAUGGCUGGGGGUGAUGCCUGAUGGGUUGGUGUACGACCCCAACGAGAACCCCAGUUUCGGGCUGGUGCACGUCAAAUGCGUGAGGUUCCAGAACUUCAUUGACUGUGGGUUCCUGGUCUGCCGAGAGGGAGGCUUACAACUGAAGAAGACGCACUCAUACUACUGGCACAUCCAAGCAGAGAUGAUGGUAGCAGGCACUUCAUGGUGUGAUCUGUUAGUGUUCUCCAGAGAAGACCUCCUGGUUCAACGCCUGUACCGAGACAAGGUUCUCAUCAACAUCAUGAGGAAAAAGCUGAAUGACUUCUUUUUCCAUCACUUCCUGCCAAGUCUAGUUUAAACUGACUUCAUAUGUUGAGUGCUUGCGGCACCGUCACACUGGUGUGACACUGCAUGCUGUUCGUUCAGGUGGUUGGAUGUGAGUUAUAACUGAUGGCAAAUGACUUGACUGUGAUAUUUUUGACCACAAAUUUUCAACUGCCAUUAUCAAAUAUGUAAUCUGUUAUUAGUUUAAUUCAGUCUAGUUAAGAGAAAGUUAGUGUUUGUGGUCAUGUGUACCGUUACCUGGAAUUUAGGUGUUAGAUUUAAAUCAUUCAAGUAUGUUUUCUUUAGGCCUGCAUACAGUUUUCAUCUUCAGUUCGUUUUACUCUGAAGUGACUGAACCUGUAUGCAAGUUAAAAUUGAGUUAACAUUUGCCAUGUUAAGCUCGCACUCACCUAUUCACCUAUUGGUCAUUUACUUGCUUAUUUGCGUAUGUCUGGUUCUGGUUUUGGUUAACUAUCAUAUAAAACUGUGAAAACCAGCAACUAUGCACAUUUGAGAAGCUGGAAUGAGGGAAUUUUUUUAUGCUUUUCCAAUAAAAAAAAAGACUUCAGUGAUUGAUUUAUUACUAAAAUGAUCGUUAGUUAAUUUUCCUUUGGAUUGUUAAAUCAGUUGUGGUAAUGUUCAGUCAAGGUUUUCAUCACUGUAUGUCUAAAUAUAAGAAGCAUCAUGGGUUCGAAUGUGACACGAAUGGGAAAUUUCAAAAGACUACCAAAGCACAGUCAGUAGUAAAUGUUACUGCACCUUUUCAACAGAACAUGUUCUUUAACAGAAGGUUUGAAUGUUCAAAAAAUAUAUAUUUUUCCUGCUUUCACCACUUACAUGUCAGCUGACGUUUCUUUUGAUGAUUACACUUUGACACUUUGAACAGCAACAAUAAGCAUUCAGCUCUUCUGGAUCCCACAGCUUCCACUGUUCAUAUACAGUUUUCUCCGACUGCUUUCAGUCCACACACUUCAGCCAACACCCACCUGGAGUCACCUUUCAGUUCAUUUACUUGGCAUGACAUUAAAUAUUUCAUUUAGUACUAAAUACUUCCAUUUCCAUGACAGUUACGGGUCAGUUUAUUACCAUUACCUGACACUUCAGCUCCUUUCAGUGCUUUCACUUAAGAUGACACUUAGAGCAUUCCACUCAGCAUUAACGCUUCAACUAAAAUCUCAGCUUUUUGUUUUAACCUCUUUCAGUAUUUGCAUUUUGUCUUCAACUGUUUCAGUAGUAUUUAGAAAUUUCAGGGAGCACAUUAAUGAAAAUGUUGCCUUUUCUAUUUUUUCAGCUCUUGUGUGUCUUGUUUGUAAUGUUCAGUCAAGUUUUAACUACUAAGAGAGGAUCCAGUCAUAGUGUUACUGUAGUUCUGAAACAGCGUAGUUGAAGGUUUGAAUAUUCAAAAAUAAAAUCCUAUCUAACCACA